CUUCUUCGUUUGUGCAGGAUGGUUAACAUGGAUCACCCAUACCUUGUGGCGCUAAGGAGCAUCACUGAAAUGGAGCGAGAGGCGUAUUUUUGGGCAUCUUUGAGGUUCUUCAGGCUUCACUGCGGUGACUUUAUGAGGGAGGCAGUGGUGCACCCACAAUGACACCAAGCCCUUGAUCUUGAAGAUGACACUUACGGGGAGCUAUGCGUCGAAUUUUUCAGCACCUUCACCAUACGUAA